GUGUACUGACAGUCGCAAAGCGUUUAUUUCGCGAAGCCGUGCCGCAGUACGGCUAGUUUGUUCAGUCACAGAGCUUCGCGCUUUCCCGAAUGCAACUCCAUGGCAGAGAGGCAGACGCUCAUCCAAGGCAUCCUGAGCAGUUUGUGUGGCGUACAUCGAAGCAGGUGAGUAAAUCACAGAGAUGCUGAGUGCGAGAUAACGAGGCGAUGGGGGAUUCUUACUGCUGCAGAUGCAUCGCCCAAGGCUGAAUGGAAGGGUGGAGCAAACCAGCACCAGCACAGAUGUUCACAUGAUGCACCAUGAUAGGGGUCAUGGAUACCAAUGAAGACCCUUGGCGUCUUGGACCUUUUUUAAAGAAACUCCAGCAGUAUCAGCAGAUUUUGACAGACGUCACUGACUUCACCUCUCAAUGACUGGCGACUGUAACUUCCAUCAUCACGUCCCUUUAGGGGCAUUCGCUGGUUGGACACACAAACUAUCCAUGAUACAUGGCAAGAUUAAAGAUAACAACUCAAAUGACACUUUUACGUUCAAAUGACAAAUGCAGUAUGCUAAUGCUAAGGCUGUUUUGUUUUUCAGGAAAUUAAACUCACUUUCCAAGGUUUAAUGCUAUACUGUACUAAACAACAAAGAUGUUUGCUCUGGAAACCUCUUCUGGUUCACCGGCAAACCUGACUUACACGUAAAGGAUCAGUGGCCAUUGAAAAGGCUCAUUAUGGAAGGCACCAGAGGACGCAUUUUGCAGCUAAUGGUAAUGGGCGUUUUGCUGGGCGCAACUGUCCCAGGACACAGGGCCAUCCAGACCCCUGGCUAUGAUGACACCUCCACACCUGAGAUCCUGAACCCUUCCUGGAUGGCUACCAUCCCUGACGUCUACUCCCUAUCAGAUGUGACGAUGCCCGGGACACACAACACCAUGGCCCUGUACGGCGGCACACUGGCCGAAUGCAACUCCUGGUCCCUCGCCCUCCAGCUCCGUGCCGGAAUCCGCUUUCUGGAUAUCCGUGUUCGCCACGCCAAAGGCAACCUGACCAUCCACCACGGCAUCUCCUAUCAGUACGCUCACUUUGGGGACGUGUUAAUGGAUGUGGUGGCUUUCCUAAGGGAGUAUCCUUCGGAAACGGUGUUGAUGAGGCUGAGAGAGGAGUUGAGCAACACGCAGGAUAUUUACAAUGCAGUGGUGCGCUAUAUUAAUGAGUAUGCACACUGGGACCUGCUGUGGCACAGUCGUGAGAUGCCCAGCAUGGUAGCAGCGCGAGGAAAGCUGAUCGUACUACAAGACUUCACCGGCCCUGACCUGGGAAUACGCUACAACUCACUGGACAUCGCAGAUGACUGGAAGGUGUCCUCUCUGCAGCCGGAGGAAGUGGAGAAGAAAUGGAGAAGUGUCUCCACUCAUCUGGAGGCGGCUGCGGUUGGUAACAAAAACCGAAUGUUCCUCACCUACAGCAGUGGUGCCAGUAUCCUGGCACAUCCCAAUGCCCUGGCCCAGCUAAUAAACCCCCGCCUGCAUGAAUAUCUGACAGGCUAUGUCGGUCAGAGGAAGCGUUUCGGUAUUGUAGCAAUGGACUUUCCUGGUGCCAAGUUAGUGCAAACUAUUAUAGGCUUCAAUUAUUGAGAGACAACGGCAGGACGUCAGGACCAAUACACCUGCAACUCACCAAAAUACUUCAUUAAUUGACACAAAUCCCAGGUAUAACUGUGACUCAAAUUACCCAUACCCUUGAAA